AUGCCCAUGCUGUCGGAGGACUCAGGUCUGCAUGAAACUCUGGCACUGCUGACCUCCCAGCUCAGGCCUGACUCCAACCACCAGGAGGAGAUGGGCUUCCUGAGGGAUGUGUUCAGUGAGAAGAGCCUGGAGUACCUCAUGAAGAUUCAUGAGAAGCUUCGCUACUAUGAGAGGCAGAGUCCGACUCCCGUUCUGCACAGCGCAGUGGCCCUGGCUGAGGAUGAUGUUGUGUUUGCUUCCCUGCAGGUGAUGGAAGAGCUGCAGGCGGCCUCUGUGCACGGAGAUGAGCGGGAGCUGCUGCAGCUGCUGUCCACCCCCCACCUCAGGGCUAUGCUCAUGGUCCAUGACACCGUGGCCCAGAAGAAUUUUGACCCCGUGCUCCCACCUCUGCCUGAGAACAUGGAAGAGGAUUUUGAGGAGGAGUCAGUGAAGAUUGUACGCUUGGUGAAGAACAAAGAACCCCUGGGUGCCACCAUCCGGCGGGACGAGCACUCGGGGGCUGUCGUAGUGGCCAGGAUCAUGCGAGGGGGUGCGGCUGACCGGAGUGGCUUAGUCCACGUGGGAGACGAGCUCCGAGAAGUGAACGGGGUUGCAGUCCUGCACAAGCGGCCCGACGAAAUCAGCCAGAUUCUGGCCCAGUCGCAAGGAUCCAUCACCCUCAAAAUCAUCCCGGCAACACAGGAGGAAGAUCGCUUCAAGGAAAGCAAGGUGUUCAUGCGGGCCCUCUUCCACUACAACCCUCGGGAGGACCGUGCCAUCCCUUGCCAGGAGGCAGGCCUGCCCUUCCAGCGAAGGCAGGUCCUGGAGGUGGUGAGCCAGGAUGACCCCACAUGGUGGCAGGCCAAGCGAGUAGGGGACACCAACCUUCGAGCCGGCCUCAUCCCCUCCAAGCAGUUCCAGGAGAGGCGACUGAGCUACCGGAGAGCCACGGGCACCCUACCCAGUCCCCAGAGUCUCAAGAAGCCCCCUUAUGACCAGCCUUGUGACCAAGAGACCUGCGACUGUGAGGGCUAUCUCAGAGGGCACUACGUGGCUGGCCUUCGGAGGAGCUUCCGCCUGGGCUGUCGGGAGAGGCCUGGGAGUUCCCAGGAGGGGAAGCCGUCCAUGGGAGCUGAGGCUCCGGAGCUACUGACCUAUGAGGAGGUGGCCAGGUACCAGCAGCAGCCCGGGGAGCGGCCCCGCCUGGUGGUUCUGAUUGGGUCUCUGGGAGCCCGAGUGCACGAGCUGAAGCAAAAGGUGGUGGCCGAGGACCCACAGCACUUUGGCGUUCCUGUUCCACACACCACGAGGCCCCGGGAGAGCCAUGAGAAGGAAGGGGUCGAAUACCACUUCGUCUCGAGACAAGCCUUUGAGGCCGACGUGCAACACAACAAGUUCCUGGAGCACGGGGAAUACCAGGACAACCUCUACGGGACCAGCCUGGAGGCCAUUCAGGCGGUUAUGGCCAAAAACAAAGUUUGUUUGGUGGACGUGGACCCGGAAGCUCUCAAACGGCUGAGGACCUCCGAGUUCAAGCCCUACGUUGUGUUUGUGAGGCCUGCCCUUCAGGAGCAAAGGAAGACGCCCCCAAUGUCCCCAGCUCGGGAGGACACAGCGGUCCUGCUAGAUGAGCAGCAGCAGGAGAUGGCCGCCUCCGCCGCCUUCAUAGACCAGCACUACGGGCACCUGGUGGACGCUGUGCUGGUCAGGGAGGACCUACAGGCUGCUUGGAGCCAGUUCCACGGGGUCUUGGAGAAGCUGAGCAAGGACACGCACUGGGUGCCAGUUAGUUGGAUCAGGUAA